ACGGGCAGCGCAGCUUCGGGGAGAACUACGUUCAAGAGUUGCUAGAAAAGGCAUCAGACUCCAGAAUUCUGUCCUCCUGUCCGGAGAUUAAGUGGCAUUUUAUUGGCCAUCUGCAGAAAAGUAAUGUCAACAAGUUGAUCGCUGUCCCCAACCUGUUCAUGUUGGAAACAGUGGACUCCGUGAAACUGGCCGACAGAGUCAACAGCUCAUGGCAGAAAAAAGGGUCGUCUCAGAAGCUGAAGGUCAUGGUGCAAGUUAACACGAGCGGAGAAGACAGUAAGCAUGGCCUUCCUCCCGGAGACACCGCGGCUGCCGUGGAGCACGUCAUCAGCAAGUGUCCAAGCCUGGAAUUCGUGGGGCUGAUGACGAUCGGCAGCAUCGGGCACGACCUUAGUAAGGGCCCAAAUCCUGACUUCCAGAUGCUGCUGUCUCUGCGGCAGGAAGUGUGUGAAAAGCUCAACCUCCCCCUUGAGAAGGUGGAGCUGAGCAUGGGCAUGUCCACAGACUUCCAGCACGCGAUCGAGGUUGGAUCUACGAACGUCAGGAUUGGAAGCACUAUAUUUGGAGAGCGAGAUUAUUCCAACAAAGCAGUUGGUGGCAAGGCCCCUGCUGAAACUAAAGGUGAAACGGAGACCGUGACAGUGCAGGGUCAUUAGAUGGGGAAAAAAUGGCCUCGACAGAGGACAGAUGAUGGGAGACCUCGCUAUGCAUUCUUACCUCCCUCCGUGUUGGCACCCGAUCGCGAUGGUGAGAGGGAAUUCCUCGAAACAGAACAGAGGCCAGAAAUGCCUCAUAAUUCAUUGUGAUUCUAGAGCACCCAUAGAAACUGGAAACUUUGAUAACCAACAAAUGAUAACGAAAAUUUGUGGCUGAAAGUGACUGUGGUGUCUUGGCACCUUCGGGGUCGCUAAGAACAGUGACUUUUGGGUUGAACAGACUGCAUACUUGUCAGGCUGGAGUUGCUAAUGAGCAAGAUGUCUCUGCAGUGCUGUCGGCGAUUGUGUUUUCACUGAGGACUAAAUUCUUCAUUAAUCGAGUUCUAAUCCUG